UAGCGUUGUGAAUUGCGUGGAUUAAUAUUUCUUAUACGAACGAGUAAAACGGGUCGGUAAUUUAGAAUGAAAUUGUACGUUUGUGUCUUGGUUGCCAUGUUGGCAAUGGCAGCACCUGCCCAAGCUCUUUUGGGUGCCAAAUUGGCAUUGUUGGGAGCUCUAAAGAAUGGUAUUGGUGGUGGUAGUGGAGGUAAUAGUUAUGGUAAUGGUGGUGGUUACGGAAAUGGCGGUGGUUAUGGUGGAGGUUAUGGUGGUGGUUACGGUGGCGGUUACGGUAGUGGUUAUGGCAAAGCUGGCUUUGGUGGUGGUAUCAAUUAUAACCGUCCUGUUUACACUGGCUAUAACUCCAACAACGGCUGGGGCCAACAGUCUUAUGGUGGCGGUUAUGCUGGAGGUUAUAACGGUGGUUAUGGUUAUGGCGGUGGUAAUGAACAAGUUGUUAAAAUUAUCAAAGUCGUUGUGCCACGUGAACAACCUCAAGCUUCUUAUUACGACAAUUAUGCCAGAAGCUCAUCAUCAGCUUCAGCCUCUGCUGUUUCUUCCUCCAGCUGGACUCCCAUACCAGCUCCAGCCCCUGUAGUACAAACUUAUGCCGCCCAACCUGUUCAGACUGUACAAGUACAAGCUCCUGCACCAGCUCCUGUGCAACCCGUUCAAUCGGUUCAAGUACAAGCUCCUGUCCAAGUACCCGUUCAAGUACCAGUUCAAGCUCCAGUUCAAGUACCCGUACAAGUUCCAGCACCAGCUCCAGUUCAAGUAAUCCAACCACCACCCAGACCUGUUUAUGUUCAACAACAACAACCCCAAUUCAUUCAACAACAACCCCAAUACAUUCAGCGUUCACAACCCGUCUACCAACAAGUUACCGUUCAAAGACCCGUACAAUAUCAACCCCAACCCAACGUCUAUCAACAACAGGCCCAACAAGUUCAAGUUCAAGUACCAGCUCCCCAACCUUUACCACAAGUUCAAGAAACUGUCAAGACCAUUAAGGUAAUCGUUGACGGUGAGUCAGAACACGUGCCAGCUCAGACUUAUGGACCUCCACCACCAGCACCCACCUAUGUUGCCCCGAGUGUUGGUAACAAUGGUGCCUGGAACUCUAAUGCCUGGAGUGGCUCCAGCAGCAGUGGCAACAGCGCUAGCUGGAAUAAUGUUGGUACCGGCCCAUGGAAAAGCGGUAGCAUUUGGGAAAGCAUUGGCUGCUAGUCACAAUGAAGCUAAACGAAACGAGUCUUCCUAGUUUUUAAUCUAAUUUGUAAAUAGGUCUUAAUCAAUUACAAAUCUUAAUGUUGUUCUUACGUUUUUCACUAAUUUUACUACAAACAAAAUAUAUAUAUACUGAGUUAACGAACUUAAUGUAAUACUAAUUCUAUAAAAUAAAUAUAUAUUUUAAAUACUCCUCCGAUAAAUAACGAA